AGCGUGGCCCUCAAGUCGGAGAUCAAGAAGUUGAUCUACACGCACGUGGGCAUCUGGCUGCUGCUGCUGGCCCAGAUGUGCGUGGGGCACCUCAAGCUGCUGCCCCACGACCAGGUGGCCAUGCCCUACCAGUGGGAGUACCCCUACCUGCUCAGCAUCCUGCCCUCCCUCCUGGGCCUCCUCUCCUUCCCCCGCAACAACAUCAGCUACCUGGUGCUCUCCAUGAUCAGCACCGGCCUCUUCUCCGUGGCUCCCCUCAUCUACGGGGCCAUGGAGAUGUUCCCCAUGGCGCAGCAGCUCUACCGCCACGGCAAAGCUUACCGCUUCAUCUUCGGCUUCUCGGCCGUCUCCGUCAUGUACCUGGUGGUGGUGGUGGCCGCCCAGGUGCACGGCUGGCAGCUCUACUACAGCAAGAAGCUGCUGGACUCCUGGUUCACCAGCACGCAGGAGAAGAAGAAGAAAGGAGCGGGGACGGGUGGGCUCCGUGAGGGCCGGAGCUCCGCAGCCGGGCCCCGUGGG